AUGGAUCUUGUGUCCACUAUUCGGAAGGAAGGGAGCAGGGGAGGCCAGACAGAGUUCAAAUGGUCAGAUGUCAAGGACUCGAGCCGCCGGGAAAACUACCUUGGCCAUUCCUUGAUGGCCCCGGUUGGUCGGUGGCAGCAAGGCCGUGAUCUCUCAUGGUAUGCCAAAGGUGAAGACCCUGAUGCGGCAAAGAGAGCUCGGGAAGAAGAAAUCCGGAAGAUCAAAGAGGCAGAACAAGAAGCCAUAGCUCGAGCACUCGGUCUACCAGUGUCAGUGCCGUCAAAAAGCUCGAACGCGAAUAUGGAACCGCUAGGAGGCAAGGAGGUCGAGCGAGCAAUCCUACAAGGGGCCGAUGAUCACGAGGGCGUUGAUCGUGUCAAGGGAGUCGGAUUCGGUGGCUACACCGGAAAGACGCCAGCUGGAGAAGGAGUCGAGAAGCUAGAGCCAAUAGGAGAUGUUUCUAACAACUAUAGCCAAAGUACGAGGACCAACGCCGACAGCCGGCCCCGCAGCGACCGCCACUCGGACAGAAGAAAGGAGCACGGCAGAAGAAAUGAUCGGGAUCGUGCGAGGGAUCAUAGAAGCCGGAGAGAAGACUAUCGCUCAGAUCGACAUGCAAGGAGAAAACAUCGUUCGCGUUCUCGGUCCCGAGAGGGUGUUCGAAGACGGCGGUCAGCUUCACGUUCACGCAGUAGGGAUCGGGAACCACGAAAUCGUCGAAGCCAUCACAGACGGAGCCGAUCACCCCAUACCUCUCGAUAUUAUAGAGACGAUAAGAGACAUGACCGUUACGACAGAUGA